AUGAGAAACGGGAUCAUGAUGAGCACGGUUGCUCUGGCAAUCCAAGGUUGUGAUGAGAGAAAUAUAUGCUUCAACCUAGAUUCUCCCCCUUUCUCCUUUUUUUCCCAGCUGGCACAGAAAUAUGAUCCGCAGAAGGAAGCCGAGUUGCGGGCGUGGAUCGAAAGCAUUACAGGACGGGAGAUCGGGCCCGAUUUCCAGAAGGGGCUGAGAGAUGGCGUCAUCCUUUGCGAGCUAAUUAACAAACUGCAACCUGGUUCAGUGAAGAAAAUCAACCGUUCUGCCCUCAACUGGCACCAGCUUGAGAACCUCUCCAACUUCAUCAAGGCACUGAUCAGCUACGGGUUGAAGCCUGUUGACCUCUUUGAGGCCAACGAUCUCUAUGAGAAUGGGAACAUGACCCAGGUCCAGGUCUCCCUGCUGGCCCUCGCGGGCAUGGCCAAGACGAAAGGGAUUAACAGCGGGGUAGCCAUCGGGGUGAAGUACGCGGAGAAGCAGGAGCGGUCGUUUGAUGAUGCCAAGUUGAAGGCCGGGCAGUGCGUCAUCGGCCUCCAAAUGGGGACCAAUAAGUGUGCCAGCCAGUCGGGCAUGACGGCUUACGGCACCCGGAGGCACCUCUACGACCCGAAGAACCAGAUCCUGCCCCCGGUGGACCACUCCACCAUCGGCCUGCAGAUGGGCACCAACAAGUGUGCCAGCCAGGUGGGCAUGACGGCUCCGGGCACCCGGCGACAUAUCUAUGAUUCCAAACUGGGGACGGAGAAGUGCGACGACACCUCCAUGUCGCUCCAGAUGGGCUACAACCAGGGGGCCAACCAAAGCGGGCAGGUUUUCGGCCUGGGCCGCCAGAUCUAUGACCCCAAGUACUGCCCCCAGGGCAACCCUGGGGAGGCAGCCAACGCCGCCCGGAACGUGGACGGGAACUCAGCCCACUAUUACUACUAUGAGGAAGGAGUGGACCAGUGAGCUUUGGGGGGGAAAACUAGUUGCGGUGGCGCCAGCGUUCCCACCAUAUAUUUGCCCCCCUUUCCCCAUUUCCCCCAGAAGAGGUGCUUUUUGGUUUUUUUCUUCUAAAGACAGCAAGUUGGGUUGUUUCUUAAAAGAGGUAAAAGCCAGCAUGGUUGCGUGUAGAUUCCCCUUGGGGCAACCAUCCGGUUUAGAUUUGCCAAGGCACAAACAGAACCAUUCUGAUAGCUCGCCUUUUUUAAAACGGUCACCCAGUUUUAUGCUGCAAAUAGUUUUAGGGGAAUACAUGUUGCUUUGCUUUCGCCAGAGACGGGGAGCAGAAAGGGUGCCUCAGCUUCUCACUGUCUAUCUGGGAGCACUAGACGCCGGCUGAUGCUCGCGCCCGCUUGUCUGAGGUGGAAGCGCCUUCUGUCCAGAGGCUGAAUGAUGCAGCCUUGUGUUCAUGCUUUCCGUAUUCUGCUUGCUUCCCCCCCUUCCCCCCCAAAAAUGGCAGAAGCAGCAUCAAACUCCUCCCCUGUGGGUUGGGGAAAGUGUCUCUGCCCCUUCUGCCAGUGCUCACACAGAAAAAGUCCCCAGCAUUUCUCAGAAGCCAGCGAAGAGAAAGUCCUCCUGCUGGCUGAGAAUCCAGCCAGGCCCACUGAACUGGAUCACCUCCUGCAGCCAGCUUCCCCCAGUCAUCUUUGGCUUCUGAAAAUCCCAGCGAUGAAUUCUCUCAUUCACCCAGCUCCAUGAGUACUGUUAGCCUCCAUAUGGUCUAGAAACUUGCACAUGGCUGGAAUGAUCAAAGUUCAGUGCAAAUUCUGCACCAGGACACCCGUGUUUCUCCUUUUAAUCUCUGUCGGUGUUGAAUUUGCAUCGAACUUAACAAGCUCUACAACAAUUGGUGGUGCAAGGGUUAGGGGUUAUGGUUACGGUUCGUAAGAAUCUGCCACAUUCUUACCAAAAAAUAAUGGCUAAGAAAUAAUUUUAACAAUAAGAAAUGUUUGCAUGCAUUUACUGUGAGACUUCAAGAAAGGAGGUCUGAGGGACGGGCUCUGUGUGCGUGCGUGCGCGCGCGCAUGCCUAUGAGAAGGAAUGGGUAACAAGCACUGGAAUGGGAAUAGCACUGGAAGAUGCAAGAAUGGGACCAGCAACCAGGACAGCCUAAAAGAUCCACCCUCUGAACAUGGGUUUAGUGGACAAUACCUGCAUGCUUUUCCUAAACUUAUUCCUAACGAGAACGAGAAGCACAGAUUUCUUUUUUUUUUUAAAGCCAGCUUCCUGCGAUUGGUAUCAAUUUUCACAUGAAAAGCAAAUUUCCAUUUUAAAAAGAUUAUACUCAUAGCACUUAGUAUGAAAAGUAUCCUGUGAUCUAGUUCUUAAACCGGAAAGGGUCUCAGAAUCCUAAUUACAGUUCUGUCCAGCGGUUGAACCGA